CUGCGGGCCGCCUUCCCCUCGCUCAUGAUCUACCUGCUGGGUAUCAAGGUGGACCUGAAGGACACGGAGGCCUGGAAGUCGCUGGGCUCCUAUGUGCUGUGGGUGGCGCUGGUGCAGGCCGGCAUCACGUGUUGGGCCUGGCUGAGUCGCGGCCACAACACGGGCAGGGCGGCCGUGAUCAACCUGGUUCUCACGGCCAACAACACCGUCAUCGUGGGACUGCCCGUCAUGCAGGCCACCUUCCCGGAUGCGGGAGCCAGGCUGUCACUGCUGUCAGCCUUCGUCCUCUUCCUGCAGGUCAUCCCCUACUCCAUCACCGCAUUCGAGAUCGACAAGUGGGUAACACAGCAGCAGGCGGUGGAGGCGGAGGCGGCGGAGGUGCAGAAGGAGGUGCUGACGGAGGAGGAGGAGGACCCGGACUCACAGCAGCAGCAGCCGCUGUCCGGCCCCACGGCACUGGAGUUGUCGGAGCGGAGGCAAGGGGUGGGGGGAAGCGCCAAAGCUGCUGACGUCAGCGGCUAUAACGGUGACGGCAAGUGCGGCGAUGAUGGCGGCGGCGGUUGCGGUGGAAAGGGGAGGUGCAUCACCGCCGCCGGUGAAGACAACGAUGGGGGCGCCGGCGGCGGCAUCGGCGGUGUUGGCGUUGGCGCUGGCGGCGGCAGCGGACGUUCCGGAUCAGGGACGCCGACUGGAAGCGACGUAAGCAGCCGUACCUCGUCGAAAGGUUGUACGGCGAAGGUUCCUGAAGGGACGUGUGCUGCAGCGGCAGCCGAAGGAGCACCGGUGUCGGCGCCGCUGCCCCUUAUCGCAGCUGCGGUGGCGCCGGAAGAGGAGGUCCUGCUGCCGCCGCCGCCACCGCCGCCACCACUGCCACUGCCACCUGCACCGGGGUCCGUCACGCUAGCGCAUCUAGAUCGGGCUGCAAGCUGCGGUGCGGCGGCGGUGGCAGCAGCAGUGGACGUCGGGGCAGGGGCUGGUGCGGCCGCCGCCGCCGCCACCCCUGCCGCUGGCGGCUGUGACUCUGCAGGUGCAAUGGAUGACGAGGCGGCGCGGGGAACGGUGGUUGCAGCAACCAACCCGGCAUCAACCGCUAGCAGAGGUGGCGGUGUCGUUUCUCCGUUUACUGUUGCGGCUGCAGCUGUUGCUAACCCGGCGGCCAGUGUUACCGAACGGUCUGGGCAUUGCGGCAGUCCGGCCGACGGGUGCGAGGCCACCCAUGCAACCGCCACGUCAUCAACCACUCCACCGGAAACCACCCCAUCGCCACAACAAUGCGACCUAACGUCAGCAGCAACCAACGGUACGGCGGCGACGGCGGUUGUCCACUCGGUAACGGCCUACCGUACGAGCUCCAGUCCUGUACCCGGCGUGGAAGCCCACAUCGCCCCACCCGCCGCCAUGGUACGGCAAGGCAUGCGGUUUCGGGGCCAAAACGAAGCGCUGAUGUACCGCAAAGCGGCGGCGGCGGCGGCGGUGGCGUCCGCAGCAGCUAACGCCAGCGGAGGCGGCGGAGGCAGCCGCAGCGGUAGCGUUAAAGGCGGCACGGUCGCCGUCAGCGGACCCAUGGGUCAUAAGCUGCAUGGCGGCGGAGGCAGUUCGCCCCACCAGGCCAUCAACCGUCUGUCGCUGCCCGUGCAUUGGCCGCCGGUGGCGUUGGAUGUGUCCGCGUCAGAUGUACGGCAGGGGGAGGAGCUGGCGGCGGCGGGCGGGUACGACAGUACGACAGCUGGGUCGCCUCCGCCGGGGCUGGGGGGGUCGCGGUUGCUGAGCCCCACCGCGCUGGCGUGUGCUGACCUGCCUGUGCCGCAGGCGAUGUCUCUGGCCCGCAACACAGCGCCCGGACCCUUCCCCGCAUCCCACCACCACACCACAGCUGCUCCUGAUGCUGCUGGUGCCAACAAGGCGUGCGCCGUCUCCAACCUCUCCGCAGCAGCCGGCAAAGCCGCCGGCGUGCCUACUACCGCUCCAUCCUCUCCCGCCUACCUGCCAUCCGCCUCGGUGCUACUUGCACCCCCGCCUGCCUCGCCCUCCCCGCACCCC